GGAGACUAGCGAAGAGGUGGAUCGCCGCAGUCAAGAAGAAGAAGAAAGUUCGAAAGCAAACAAACUGUCUGGCGAAUAAUAAUAAGAGUUAAUAAGCCAAGAGAAUACUUCAAAAAAUCCAUAAUCUAGUGAAAUAUACUCAUUGAAUGGAGAUAGCCUCAGUUAAUGAAUUGAAAGAAUUAUCAUCUAAAAUCUUGGAGUAAUCUUGCGUCAGUUGUCAGUUAUCGUUGGUGCAAAAAGUGAGGUUAGGAAAUGUAAAUUGUCAUCGAACUGCUAGGAUGAUUUCGUCGCUUAAAUGAGGAUUUUUAAUCGUGAAUUCAAGAUUGAAAAGCAUCAUUGAAAAAUUCAUUUCAUCAACGGAACGGACAACAUUCUGCAAUAAUUUUUUCUAAUUUGUGCAACUUUCUCGAGUGCAACAAUGAAAGAAUGGAAUUGCAACGAUUUUGUCGUGGACAAUUCUACGAAAGCAGCACACCCUGCGCAUCCUCCACGAAAUCUUAGUCCAAGGAACCUGCAAAACAGUGUACCAGGUAAACACGAGCCACAGCGAGACAAAACACUUUUCAAUCUGCUCAGCGAAGAUGAAGUUGCCAAAAGUGAGACCAACAGCGGCAAAGAAUUCUCCCAAGGAAUUCUACGUUACGAAAUUUCUACUGAUUUUGACAUUGACGACUGGCACUGCAAAGAAACUAUGGAAAAUUCUGCAAAAAUCGUAUAUGCUGUGCGCGACGACGAACAAAAUAAAAAUUCUAAAGGGAAUUUGCUAACGAACACCAACCCUCAAAUUCCACAAACCUCCAAUCCCAACGAACUUAAUCCCAUUAGAAUCAACUCGAUGCCAGAUGAGUGGAGACAAAUAUUGCAAGAAGGUUUAUUGAACGAAACGAGAAUAAAAUUGAGAAGAAAGUAUCCAUUGGGUGAAAACAGCGAUACAUUGGAGGCAAGAAGUUUGGCACCAGAUGUGAAAGCAGCUCUGCCUGAAAUAUCUGUUGAAAAAGAUCAAUACCAUUUCGAGAUGCAGGAUCAAUUGGGAACUGGAAUCAGUGCGAUUGUGUCUGCCUUGUCCAGUUUAAGAGAAAAUACAUCAACAAAAAAAUUAGACGAGGUUGUCGAAAGUUUAGUGGAUGCAGGGAAAAUAUUCACGAAUUUGCAUUAUCUGCAUACGACAAGCAGGAAAUCAUUGCUCAUAGGAGAAUUCAAUGGAACUGACCAAGUUUCCUCACAAGGAAAUCCAGGAGCAUCUAAACACGUUGCACGGAAUCAAAAAUCUCAACAUUCGCAAUUUCCUUCUCACAGAGGAUUGAGGUCACAAACUCGCGAUGAAAAUAUCGUUAAUGUCAAUAAUUAUGGAAACAAUACGAAAACAAAAGAUACACAGAAUAUUAAUUCCACCAAUGAAACCACCUCGCAGAGGGUCAAAAGACUCUUGUGCGGAAUCAGUGACGAGGAAUACAGAUCGUCGAAAAAACAGCGAGAGGAUCCGGAUAAUGGUCAAAACGGUUUCCCUGGGAUCGUGGAAAUCCUGAAACAGGCACGUGCCCUUCACGGUGUGCACGAGGAGCUUUUAUUGUCGUGGCCUUGCAACGCUUCUGCAGUGAAACACUAUCAAAAACCCAUUAAAUUAUGGUGGGAUUAUUGUCAACGAGAAUCGAUCAAUGUUUUCGACGUCUCUCUCUCCCCACUGAAAAGUUUUUUCCUCGAAAUAGCCCAAGAACCAAAGUCUUAUGAAACUCUCAACCUUUACAAAACGGCUAUACUGUUGUUAACUCCAGAAAAACUGGAAAAGGACCGUUUGUUUACGGAAUUCCUCAAAGGAAUAUCCAGUGAUUAUCGCAAGACGUAGCGUCAAUUUUCUUUUUUUUAUAUUCGCAAGAAAGAAACAGAAAUUCAACCUCCGCUUAUGAAUUGGAAAAUCAAAAUUGCUGUCGGUGCUUUUCAUUUUUUUUUCUUGUAAUAGUCAUUUUGAGUUCUGCUAUUUUCAUUUGCUUUUCGAAAGAAGUACGCAAAGUCAACAAAUACUCGUACGUUCUAAUUUGUACGUAAAAAAUUACCUUUGUUUACAAUGAAGAGGGUUCGAAGAUCAUUAUAAUAAUUUUCAUUUUGGGUAGUGCAAUUCAGAAUUGUUCGUAAUUUAAUCUUUCAAUGAGUUAGUUGAAACGUACAAAGCUUAUAAAAAAUGACAAAUAAUAUUUAGUUUGAGUAAGAAGAAAAUUGCGGUAGGCAAAAUCCUUGAUCAUUCCCGCGGCAUUGCAAAGUUCUUUUGUGACAAUCGAAAAUCGAAAACCUACAAAAUGUACAUAAACCGCAUAAAAAUGGCAAAUAAAAUUGGUUCAACGCAA